CCAAGCUGCAGGAGGCGCCGGGAGCGCGCACUGCCGGGAGCGCGCGGGCCGGCGUCCCCAGCUGCGGCCGCGGCAGCCAUGGCGGCGGCGGCCUCCCAGCGAGACCCCGGGGACUGGCAGGACUUCUCUGGGUUCCAGCCUUCUGCGGGGGGCGGCCCCGAGGCUGCCCGUGACAAGGGCGGCUGGGGCGGUGGAGACCUGGCGGCGAGGCUGUCCCUCUGCUUUGAGCCCCCGCAGGCCCGGGCUGGCGGCGGGGAGAGCCGCGUUCCGCUGCGUCCCCUGACAGAGCAGAGCGCCCUGCAGGACGACGAGAUUUGGAAUGCUUUGACUGAUAAUUAUGGUAACGUAAUGCCAGUUGACUGGAAAUCUUCCCACACCAGAGCUUUGCACUUGCCAACACUAAAUCUUUCCGAAAAAGGGGUAAACGAUAACUUGAACCUUGACCUGUCAGAUGACGAAGAGCUGAGAGAACAGUUGGAUAUGCAUUCUAUCAUUGUUUCCUGCAUCAAUGAUGAACCACUUUUCACAGCAGAGCAGGUGAUUGAAGAAAUAGAGGAAAUGAUGCAGGAAUCACCUGAUCCAGAAGAUGAUGAAACACCCACACAAUCAGAUCGGCUCUCCAUACUUUCCCAGGAAAUUCAGACGCUCAAGAGAUCCAGUACGAACAACAGCUAUGAAGAGAGAGUAAAAAGAUUGUCUGUUGCUGAGUUAAAUGAGUUGCUAGAAGAAAUUGAGACUGCUAUUAAGGAUUAUUCUGAGGAACUGGUGCAGCAAUUGGCUCUACGAGAUGAGUUGGAGUUUGAGAAGGAAGUGAAAAACAGCUUCAUUUCUGUCCUCAUAGAAGUACAAAACAAACAGAGAGAACACAAAGAAACAGCAAAGAAGAAAAAGAAGCUGAAAAAUGGUAGUCCUCAGAAUGGCAGACAAGAAAGAGGUCAUAUGCCUGGAACACGCUUCAGCAUGGAAGGGAUCUCAAAUGUCAUACAGAAUGGCUUCCGCCACACGUUUGGAAACUCAGGUGGAGAGAAACAGUACUUAACAACCGUCAUUCCUUAUGAGAAGAAAAAUGGACCCCCAUCUGUUGAAGAUCUUCAGACAUUAACCAAAAUCCUGCAUGCCAUGAAAGAGGAUAGCGAAAAAGUGCCAAGCUUGUUAACAGACUAUAUUUUAAAGGUUCUGUGUCCUACGUGAAGACGCCUGUCUUUCAAACUAAUCAUUCUCCUUCCUGGAUGAGAAGCUCUCCAUGUAUAUAACUCAUAGUAUUUUUUCAUUUGGCACUAUACCUAAACCAUUAUGCAUUUACCUCCUCUGUGUGUGUGUAUAUUUUCUGAUCCUACAGUAAGUCUUCUGAGCAUGACAACUCAUCCAUUUUAACUUAAUAGUGCAGUGAACUGGAGCAGGGAACAAACAUUGUACAGUUUUACUCACACUGUUCUGGCUUUUUAAAGUCUAUUUUUACAUUGUAUAGCAUGUAGUAAAUCCUCCCGCACAUUUAAUUGUUGGAAGGAAACGUAAACUUUGAAUAGUGUAAAUAAAAUAAGCCUAGUUUUAAGGAAUCCAUAUUUAAAAGCAUCCUUAGUUCCUAUAGCAAAGAUGGAAAAAGGAUAAUAGUCAGGCUUGGACUUUUAAAAGAUUCAAGCGAGUUCACCAGGAAGCACUCCAGAACAGUGCUGGUGGAAGUCAGCUUUCAACACUUCUUUUUAAAUAGUAACUUUGAACUGUACAACAGUAUUGCUUAUACUGGAACAAAUCCAGAUUCUUUGAUGGUUUUGCAUAAGUAAUCCUUGGUUACCUAUCUAUGUUAUUUAAUAGAAACAUCCAAGUAAUGUAAUAUCUCAUAUUUGGUUUUAUUUUAAUUAUUAAUCUUCAUGUGGCUUAGGUAUUCUCCCAUGUUGCUGCUGUAAUUUUACUGUUUUUAUUAAAUGUUUGAUCUUAAUGAAAAUGCUUCAAUAUAUAAACAUUUUAAAACACUGUAUCUUUUUAAAAGUACCUGUACAGUUUAAAAAACUUGCACUUGGGUCCCAAGUUAGUAUUAUACUGAGACGUUCAUUGUUGUGUAUCUCUGAAUUUUACUACAAAUCUCUCUUGUAAAUUGUAUGCACUGUCUCCUCUGUGAUGAUGUAUCUGCAUUCAAACAGAUGCGAAUGUAUUUUAUAAAUCUUGUAGAAGAAACAUACCCCAUAAUCUCAACAUCAAAUACUUGUCACAAAUAAUUUUGCUAAUAUUAAAGAUCAUAUUAAAAUGUAAGGAGUGCUAAUAAAAAUAAAAGAACUAUUUUCUAGGUUGAAUUGCUAUUGAUUCUACACACAGAUUUAUAUACUGUCUAUGUGAAAGCACUAGAAGAUAAGGUUCUAAAGAGACAUGUAUGUCUUCAAACAGUUUUUCCAUUUAAAGUUGUUUUUUUGUUAGUUGAAGAGAAAUUUGGUUCUGAAUACCUUACCCAAUUUUAUCAUUGUCACCAAAUGCUCAUUUUGAUCAGUAAAACACAUUCAGUUUGAAAACA